AUGGCGCCCCGCGCCAGGUCUGCCGGACGACCCGCCCGCGACAGAUCUGACGACGGCAUUGACAGCGCUGGCUUCCGGGAGCUGCCGAGGGGCUGCAGGCGAUGGUGGCCCCAACCGGAAGUGCCUGCGGUGUGUGGGAAGCUGCGGAAGGAGGUUCGGGCGGCGAUCCCGCGCCAGCCGCAGAGGAACACCUUCUCCAUGUGGCAGAUGAACUUCCCUCAGGAGCUGCCCAGCGGGUUCGCCAACCCGGUGUGCUCCUUGGGGGAGUGCGGGGACCCCUCCUGCCCCACCUUCCGGCCCAAGCGGCCGGAGGUCAGAGAGGCGGUGGAGCGCUUCAUCCUGGAGAAGUGCAAGAGCCACUUCCGGGCCGGGGCUCUGCACACCUAUGCCUCGGUGGGCUGCGGGCUGCUGGGCCAGGACUGGAUCGUCCUGGAGAAGUUGCGGGAGGAGGGCCUGCUGCCGAAGCGCGCGAUCUUCGUCGAGCUGCGCACCGCCAAGCCGGUGAUGAGCUGCGAGGGCGCAGACUUCCCCAGGCUGAGCGCGGGGGGCGGCGUCAACCUGCGGCAGACCGGGUUCUGCGGGCCCUUGGGCCCGGAGUUCGCCUUCUGCGCCUCUGUGCGGGUGGACGGCCAGCCCACUGGCAGGAGCUUCCUCUUCGACUUCGCCAACGAGGGGGGCGGCGACGCCAUCUCCGUGCAAGUGGCCGAGGCCGGGGUGCUGCACUUUGGCGCGGGCGGGCACUCCAUGAAGGUGGAGGAGUGCUGGGAGCCUGGCAAGACGCAGGCCUUCCUCUUCAGCAUCAGCGCCGUGGGGAUGUACAAUGUCUUCCGGGACGGCGAGCUGAUUGCCCGGUCCUAUGGGCCAGCGCCCCGGACCUGCCCCCGGCGCCACCUGUGGGUGGGCCAGGCCGCCACCGGCAACUCUGCAGCCGCCGCGUUUCGUGGCAGGAUCCAAAAGAUCAAAGUCUGGGACCAGGAGGUUGACACCUUGGCCACUGACAUGAUGUACAGCCACGAAGUGGACACCGCCCACCAGGCCAUCGCGCAGUGGUACAAGAACGAGGUUGCCAUCUGGUCCUUCGGCAGCCUGGCCUCGUAUGCCGCGGCCUGCGAGAAGGAGAAGCAGUUUGCCGCCGACGUGCUGCUGAAGAUCGACGUACACGAAGAGUUGGACGGGUACGACGACUUCGUGUGCAAGGCCUUGGCGCCGGAGGGUCUGGCCCUGACUUUGGGGGGCCCGGGCCGGUCCUGGCGGCGCUCGGGGGAGGGCUGGCUGCCGGUGGACACGAAGGUGCAGAUCCUGGACUCUGCGGAGGAGAAGGUGCUGGUGCCCUGGGCCUUCCUGGGCGCCUUCCCUGGAGACCAGGGCCGGCCCUUCUUCGCGAAGGCGUGCCCUGCCCAGCGGGCCGAGUGCGCGGAGAGCCGGCGGUCCAAGCCCAAGGAGCGGCGCCGGCUCUUGGAGCGGCGGCGUGGGGGAGCUGUGCGGCGCUCGCUGCGCGAGCAGAAAGCGCGGCGAGAAGACCGGUGGUACGGCAUGACCGACGAGGCCUCCGGAGGCCUGGCGUUGGUGCCGCUCUCGGGGCUCUCGGGCUCCACCAUCGAGAGGCUGCUGGAGGAGCUGGACCUCCUCCGCGCGGAUCCGGAUGACGAGGAGCUGCCAGGCCUCCUGACCUUCAACAGGUGA